AACCGCCCGAAGAAGAACUCCUUCUAUUCCUCCUCCUUCUCUACCAGUGUAGGCAGGUAUUUCGGAACGCUGGUGGAGGAACACCGAGACUAUAUGUUUUUUUUCCACCUCCUUGCUAUUAAAAGCCGAGUAAAACAGUGCAGAUAACAUGUCGUCUUGGGCGAAAUCCUCUGGAGGUGGUCGGCGGAACUCAGGCAACCCGAACGGAAGUGCUCAACAACUGCGUUUGUUCCGGAGAACGGCUCCUUACCCCACCAGAGAGGAGAGGGCCGAAGAUCUGAAGGGUGCCCUGGACAGUUAUGAAGAACUAGAACAAAUGCAGAACUACGCUGGGAAUGCAAAGUUUGAGGGGCUCAAGAAUCAGACAAAUGCCAAGCCAGAGGGCAACACUCCAGCAGACAGACGUAAAACCCUCUAUCAGAAGUUCUACAGACAGGUGCAGGAGGACAGGAAGCCGGCCGACUGCGUUGUGCUUUCUGUCACCAACCAGUGCCUGGAUUACCCCAAAUCGCUAAGCCAGUGCUUGCAGGAGCGCGGCCUGUCAGUGGAAAUGCUCUACCUUCAAGUGGAAUCGGGCCUGACCCGGGCCCUGCAGGAUGUCCGAGCAGAUGGCUCCCCGUUAUGUAUUCUGGUGGAGCAGACAAACGUAGCUCUGUCCUCCUGCACUGUUAUCAUAUUCUCAGAAUCCCUCAAAAUCCAUCGCAACAUGCCCAAAGACCAGGCCAUGGACUUUGUUCAUGCCGAAUACAAGCGCGGACUCACCAAAGAGCGUCCGACAAGGGACCCUGCAGAUGCGGCAGCGCAGGCGUCGCAGCUGCUGGAUGACUUUCUGGAUCGGGAGAAGAUUGCGCGCCACACCGUUCCCUCAGAGACACGCCACCUGCUCUUGCUGUUAGCCGACGGGGUGCAUAUGUACCCCGAGGAGCUGCAGACCAUCGCCGAGUACGUUCACGGCCGACAGGACCACAUACGAGCCUCCAACACUGAGGGUGAGAGGGGAAACAUGUUACCUCCAGGACUGGGGAAACCUCCUCCUCUGCUCCCUACCCCACCGGGACCUCCACCGCCUCAGCCUGGAACUGGGGGGCCCAUGAUGGACCUCCCCCCACCUCCACCUGCACCCCUCUUACCUACACCUGAUUUCUCAGAGGCAUUUCUCAAGCAUUUACUUGACCACUUUAAGAAAGGUUCUAACCCUAAAACCAAACCUCCACCACUGCUGUCCUUACAUGGGCUUCCUGGUCCGUCAUUAGGGUCCCCACUUCUUCGAGGCCCCCUGUCUUCACACAUGCCGUUCGGUGGGCCCGGUGUUUCUCGCGGACCUCUGCUCCACCACCCUCCUCCUGCUCCAUUCCACCCAGGACCAAGCAGAGGUCCUCACGGGUCCAGAGGAGCUCCUCCAUCUCUAAAGAGCUCUCGCCCUCCACUUCUGUCCUCCCCAGGUUGCCUCCUUCCACGACCGCUCGGCCCCCAUCAUUAAGAAAUCCCAGAAACUCACACACACACACACACACACACACACACACACACACACACACACACACACACACACACACACACACACACACACACACACACACACACACACACACACACACACACUCACACACUGUAAAAACUCGCAGGCUCCAAGCUGCAUUUUGAACAUUUCAGCUCAUUUCAGCUGAAGAUCCCUGACCUUUUGCGUAGGAUUCCUCUGCCGACCUUUUUUUAAACGAAAGUAGUGAACCACAUUUAGCUAGGAGAUAAAUAAUGAUAGUUGAUGUUCUAUAUUAUUGUGGAUGGACCCAUGGAAAGUGUUACGUGAUAAUCAGAUUGACAAUUUUAAGUAUGUUUUUCAAGAUCCCUUCAUUUUUUUUUUAUUUGUAGUGUUCUUUGCAUCCAGUUUGCCUCUUUAAACUGUAAUGUUGGUGUUGGUUGCAGUGAUGAGCUGCACAGGGUCAGCCCUCAUCAGGAAGCUUGUUUCGCUGAGGGCACAGAAACACCAAAUAUGACAGUUGGCUGCUAAUCCAUAGUUAGAGCAGCAAGAAGGCAAGAGGUAUUGGGCUAAAGUCUAAAAGAAAAAAAAACUGUGUUUGUGCUCAAUGUAUUCCAGUAACUUUCCAAAGGAUUUGUCUUCAACAGAGUUGAAUGGAAGUGUGUCUUGCACAAUCAUAGACCGUUAUCUUGUCAGACUGAGCAGAUUACAGUGUCUGCAGGUAAGCCGUUGCCAAGAGUGGUUAACAUUAGCAGUGCAAACAGCAGCAGAGUUUUCCCCUUGCAGGAUAAUGUGCAUAUGCUUGUGCUGAAUGUGGAUUCUCUUCACUACAGUCGAGCUCUUAUACACCAGUUUUUUCCUGACAAAGUACUGCCAGAUUGCGCUGAUCUUACAAGAUAUCAUUUGUCCCACUUUCCACCUCGUCGACUGACAUCUGCAUCGUGAAGAAGGGCAGCUGUCUGCCACAUCCAAGAAGCACCAGUUCAUCGGCAUUCUGUAACAAUGAGGUUGCUAGUGAAGGUAGCAUCUUUUAACUGUUUAGUAAACGCUCAUCCCUAAAUCGGAUUUCUGUUCUCCCGUACGUCAUCACAGGCAGUCUUCCUGCUGUGUUUUUCAAGAUGGUGCUUCUGAUUUUACAAGAUUCUCUGCCGAGGAGAAUUUGAACAACCAGCUAAUAGCUUGUUUUUCCAAGCUGCAUUCUCAAAUGUAACGUUUUUCAUGUCACUUUUUUUUUAUUUUUGCCAUAAAUCAUCAGUCUGAAGAACUUUGUGUGACAGCUCUCGUUCUACAGUUGCAUGCACGACCUUUUCAUCUUUUACAACAAAUCAGAAAAUCCACUGCAUUUUUUUUUACAUUGACAUAUUUUUACAGAUAUUUCUUUAUAUUGCUUUGUGUUCAAAUGACAAUUGCCAUAAAGAUGUGAUGUUUUCAUCAAAAAGUAACUCCCCUCUCAGUAUCUUGACUUACUGUAAGCUGUGUUGUUACUUGGAUUUUUUUCAAAGAAUGACUCUUCAUAAAAGCACAAGCUUUUACAUACGUCCAAGAGGAACCCCAAAUCAAGUGAACACGUUAGAUUGUCUUAUCAGCAGGAUGUCUUUAUACAGAAUAUAAGCCACCUCUGCUGCAGAAUCUCUGGCUGAGCAUGCUGUGUUGUCGUUACACUUGCUGUUCAAAUUGAAUUUUCACUUUUAAACAUGUUGUCUGCAGUCAGCAUGAAAACCUUAAACGUUUGACAUGUUAUAGAGCAGUUGCAUUCACUUGCUUGUUGUAAUUCAGGGAAAAUGUCUAGGUUUACUCCAGAACAAGCAGUUUUGUACUCUAAUUAAUGCAGCUUUUGUUUUUUCUAGAAAUGAUUUUUGUCUCGUGAAAAAAAUUCGUACAUUUUCCUGUUUGGUUGUUAAUAUUCUUAUGCAGUAUUCUGUUUUCGUGGUUCGGAUGAAUCCAGUUGUGAGGACACAUCACUUCACAGCUUGUUCUGGUUGUUAAAAGGAGUUUUAAGAUGUUUCCUGCAGCACUCGUCAGACGGUUUAAGUUGACAUCUGCUUGUGACAAUUUGAACUGCACACCAGAAAGCGGUAAAUUUGUAUAAAAGAGGUCAUUCUUUCAAACUGCCCAUUGUAUUUUUUAUUUAGUUUCUUUUGUAGAUAGUCUUUGAAUCAUUAAGUCUUUAUUGUAUUUUUUUCGUUGUUGUUGAAUAUACUGUAAAUAUUCAACCACUUGUUGCUUUGAUUUUUCUUUGACGUGCAGCAGUGUUGAUGUUCAACAGGUAUGACGGGGGAUUUGCGACUAUAUUUUCAAAGAAAACAUCUAUAAAUGUUUUAAUAUUUUGAUGGUUUUCAUGAGCCUUUUUGAUGAUUUUUCUUUUGUUCAAAAGAGAAUUAAACAUUAAGUAUUAAUAGAGGUG